UGUGUUCCAAGAAUUAUGAUUUACUACAUUGUCUUGCUGAGUAUCCUGCUGUGGCCCCUGGUGGUUUAUCAUGAGCUAAUCCAGAGGAUGUACACUCGCCACAAGUCCCUGCUUAUGCAGCUGGACUACAGCACGAAGGCGGAUGCUGCUGUUUUGCGUCACAAACAUGACAAGAAGAAGCAGCAAGGAAAGAACAUACCUGCAGGAGGUGAUGAGCCAGGGGCAGAGGCGGAGCUGACUGGCUUCUCCCUGGGGGUAGAUGUGAAGAAAACGGCACUGGCAUUGGCCAUUACAGACUCAGAGCUGCCAGAUGAGGAGGCUUCCAUCUUGGAGAGUGGUGGCUUCUCUGUAUCCCAGGCUGCAACUCCACAACCGACUGAUGUCUCUGAGGAUUUGGACCAGCAGAGGGAGCCAGAGGCGGCCCUGAGCUGUGAGCUGGGGGAGAGAGAAGAGGCAGAGCUGGUACCUCCCAAGGACCUACUGGCCACCUCUCAGACCUUGGCAAAUCAAGCCCUGGACUCGGAGGAAGAGGAAGAUGUGACAGCUAAGAAAACCUUGCUUCGGCUCUCAUCCUCCCUUCACUUUGUGAACACACACUUCAGUGGGUCAGGAUCCUCCCCAGAUAGAGUGAAGUCCUCCCUUGAAGUACCAGUGGAGACGCUGAGCCCGGAGACAGUGAGUGGAGACCUCAGCACUCCACUCAGCAUCCUGUUGCCCCUACUUGGCCUUGCUGAAACUGACCGAGUGCCCUCCUCCAUGUUCUCAAGUCUUCCCCAGGACUCACCCCAGCUCCUGGCUGACCCUGAGGAAGAAGAGGGAUUCACUACUGAGGACUUUGAGUUGCUGGAUCAAGGGGAGCUGGAGCAGCUGAAUGUGGAGCUGGGUUUGGAGCCAGAGACACCCCGAAGACCCCCUGAUGCUCCAUCCCUGGGGUCUGACAACCAUUCUCUGGUACAGUCAGACCAAGAGGCUCAGACCAUGGCAGAGCCAUAAGCCAUGGGGAAGGA